AUAACGUGACUCCACCUGUGUCCCAACAUCUAAAGUCAACUUCUCCUCCACCAAUCUACACGCACACACACUCAGCGUGUAAUAUUUUCUAUAUAAACAUUUAUACGUAUCAAUUUAUUCAGUGUGUGCUUGAAAAGAGAUGUUACAACUAGUAUUAAAUGCAUUCACCCUGUUGCUCCUCUCUCUCCUUGCCACAUUCGCCGCCGUGUUAGCGGCGGAUAUACCACUCGGGUCGACCCUUUAUGCAUCCGACCCGAAUUCCAAAUGGACCUCUCCCAAUGGCACAACUCUUUCCUUCAUUACCGACUCGGUUGACACUGGCGGCGCUGCUGCCCUGUAUGCUGCUAUUACCUUCAACAGCAUCCCCAUAUGGAAAGCUGGUGGCUCUUCAGCCUCCGUGAAUUCCUCUGCCGUCGUCCGCCUUGUCGCCUCCGGCGACCUCCAGCUCCUGCCUUCCUCCACCUCCACUACUCCUGUUUGGUCCUCCGGCACGGCCAAUCUCAGCGUCACUGCGGUUUCACUUGAAGAUUCCGGCAAUUUGAUCCUCAAGAACGCAUCUGGGUCCGCCGUGUGGACCUCCUUCGACCACCCAACUGACGUAAUUGUUCCGACGCAAAGUUUCACUGUAAGACAUACUCUUUCAUCUGGGCUUUACUCAUUUAAGCUGCAAAAAAAUGGGAACUUGACGCUUUGGUGGAAUAAUUCAGUUGAGUAUUACAAUUCCGGGCUGAAUUCUACCAUGAAUUCGAACUUAAGCAAUCCAGUACUUGACAUUCGAUCUACUGGAGUCCUCACACUUUCCGAUCCCACGCUAUCGAACUCUCUCGACUUAGCUUACAGCAGUGAUUAUGGGGAGGAAGGGAAAAUACUAAGGUUUCUCAAAUUAGAUGAGGAUGGGAAUUUGCGCAUUUACAGUUAUAUCUCAGGUAGUGGAAAUCAAAUUGAGAGGUGGGCAGCAGUGGGUGAUCAGUGCCAGGUUUAUGCAUUCUGUGGCAAUUUGGGAAUAUGCAGUUACAACGAUUCAAACCCGAUUUGUGGGUGUCCUUCGGAUAAUUUUGAACUCGUUGAUAAGAGGGACAGCAGAAAAGGGUGCAAGAGAAAAGUUGAGCUUCAGAAUUGCCCAGGGAGGGAGAAUAUGCUGCAAUUGGAUCAUUCCAUGUUCUUAACUUACCCUCCUGAAUUAUCCACGCAAAUUUUCUACAUUGCUAUCUCGGCUUGUAAGUUGAAUUGUCUUGCAGGUUCUUGCAAAGCGUCUACUUCCUUGUCGGAUGGAUCGGGGCAGUGCUACUUGAAAUCCAGUGACUUUAUCAGUGGGUAUCAUUCGCCUGCAAUUCCUAGUACUUCUUUUAUGAAGGUUUGUGGGCCGGUGGCGCCUACUCCCUCCAUGGAUGGGACGGGUGGCGGGAGAAGGAAUGGAUGGAAGUUGUCAACGUGGUUAGUUGUGGUGGUCAUGGUGGUCACAAUUUUGGGGCUGGUGGUUGUUGAGGGCGGUUUGUGGUGGUGCUGCUUUAGGAAUAGUCCUAAAUUUGGAGGAUUGUCAGGACAUUACGCACUUCUUGAGUAUGCAUCUGGUGCACCAGUGCAAUUCUCUUAUAAGGAACUUCAGAAGGCGACAAAGGGUUUUAAGGAGAAGCUUGGAGCGGGAGGAUUUGGGGCCGUUUAUAGAGGGGUACUUGCGAAUAGGACGGUGGCUGCAGUGAAACAGUUGGAGGGGAUUGAACAAGGUGAGAAACAGUUUAGAAUGGAGGUGGCAACAAUCAGCAGCACUCACCAUUUGAAUUUGGUGAGACUGAUUGGAUUCUGCUUGGAAGGGCGACAUAGGUUAUUAGUAUACGAGUUCAUGAAAAAUGGUUCUCUCGAUAAAUUCCUCUUUAUCUCUAAGGAACAAUCCGGAAAGCUUUUGAGUUGGGAAUAUCGUUAUAGCAUUGCUCUCGGGACUGCAAAGGGGAUCAUGUACCUGCACGAGGAAUGCCGGGACUGCAUUGUUCAUUGUGAUAUAAAGCCUGAAAACAUACUUCUUGACGAGAACUACAAUGCAAAAGUAUCCGACUUUGGUCUUGCAAAGCUUGUUAAUCCAAAAGAUCAUAGGUAUAGAACCUUGAAGAGUGUGAGGGGGACUAGAGGAUACUUGGCUCCAGAAUGGCUUGCUAACCUUCCAAUAACUUCCAAAUCCGACAUCUACAGUUAUGGGAUGGUGUUGUUGGAGAUUGUAAGCGGAAGGAGGAAUUUUGAUGUAUCAGAAGAGACAAACCACGUGAAAUUUUCAGUGUGGGCGUACGAGGAGUUUGAAAAGGGCAAUUUUUACUCCAUUGUGGAUAAAAGGCUUCCCCGGAAUGAGAUAGAUAUGGAGCAAGUGAUUAGAGCAAUUCAGGUUAGCUUUUGGUGUAUCCAAGAGCAACCGUCUCAAAGGCCUAUGAUGGGUAAGGUGGUUCAAAUGUUGGAAGGGAUCACUGAAAUUGACAAGCCACCGGCCCCUAAGGCCGCAAUCGAGGGUUCUGUUGGGGGAACCAGUUUAUAUGCUAGUAGUAGUAACAGCGCCCUCUCGACUAUUACAGCUUCAGUGCCAGCUCCUUCUUCUUCCUCGUCCCUUCAAACUGCAGGAAUAUUGUCCUCUGCCUCAGGAAAGCAGGUGAAUCGGGAGUCUUCAUCGCCGUUACAUUUGGAUACAAAGUAAGUCCGUGUUGAUUUUGCCUGCAGGAAUUGGAUCAUUCUUAUUUCCUCAUGUAACAAAUUUAUCAUCAAAUUUAUUUUGUCAGUAUAAUACUAUAUCGUUUUGUUUGUAUUGCUUUAGCUGGCUAGGCCGUUCACAAGACUUCUGUAUCAAGAAAUUAAAUAAAUUGUAUUUAAAGUAUAAGAAUUAUUCACGUCUCCAAUUUA